AUGCCUGUCCCAGGUUGGACUAAGAUGUCGGAGGAGCAGCGCGAGCUGGCGAGGGACUGGUAUAGCCGCGGGAAGAAGCCAUCCGAGAUAGCUGAGCUGCUAGGUAGGGACACCUCGACCAUGGCACGGCUUCUGUGUAUGCAGAAACAGCCGAAGAAACAGGGCCGGCCAAAAGCCUUGACCACGGCACAGGUCGACUUGCUCGAGCGGCGGCUGGAUGAGCUGAUCGUGAAGGUGGACGGCGCGACUACCAUCACCGUCGAGACCUUGAAGAAGGCGACAAAAUCCAAGGCAAGCACGCAAUGCAUCUUGCAUGCACUGCACAAGCGGAACAUUUACUUCCGCAAGCUUCGGGAGAAGCCUGUGCUGACGCCUGCGGAUAUCCGAGACAGGUAUGCGUUCGCGAAGAAGUAUCGUGGCAAAUCGAAGCAGUGGUGGCUUAGCAAUGUGCAUGCGUUCAUCGACGGGAAGCACUUUCAGGUUUACCUGACUGGAGCUGAACGUGUGCGUGCCGCCAAGCACGUCACGUUUGGUGCUUACCGCCGCCCUGGACAAGGUUUGUGCAAAGGCUAUGUGAAACCCAAGGAGGGCAAUCUGAGGCACAACACCGGAGCCAAGGGUGUCUUGCUGCAUGUGGGUGUCGGCGCCGGCAAGGUCAUCUCUGUCCAGGAGGUCGCAGGGCGGUGGAAUGGUAACCCGGCGAGCGUUUUCUACAAGACACUUGCCAAGGACUUGGCUAAGGCAUGGCCUGGUAAGCGCAAGUACACAGUCCUCGAGGACAAUGACCCGACCGGGUACAAGUCUUCGAAGGGUUUGGCUGCGAAGCACGAAGCCCAGAUUGGUGUCCUGGAGAUCCCGAAGCGUAGCCCAGAUCUCUCGGUCUUGGAUUAUGCCAUUUGGAAGGAGGUCAACAAGCGCCUGCGGAAGCAGGAGAAGACGUGGAGUGGCGCCAAGCGUGAGACGCGGCCGCAGUACCUGAAGCGCCUGAAGAGGACCAUCCGCAACCUGCCCAAAGCCUUCCUUGAGGACAGCAUCGGGGACAUGGUCCGACGCUGCAAGCGGCUGUAUGAGUCCAAGGGCUACUUUUUCGAAGAGGCCCGACUGGCUGACCCAGUGACGUUCGCUGCUGUUCUGAGCGAGACUGCUCUGGAAGCCGAAACUCCUCUGAAAGACUUGGCAGACCUCUCCCGCCUCCAAGUUCGGGAUGCCUUGUUGGACGCAGUCGCGCAUCCUGUGCCGGAGGCGACUCCUCGAGGUGGGCGGCCUCGGAGCAAGGUUUUGGAGGUCGUGAAGCUCGUUGUGUUUCUGGAGGAGCCAAAGCACUUCCACGCAGCUCUCAAGCUGAACACUUCAACGCGGUUCAUGCCACUAAAACUCGCGCUGCGGCAGCGGUCUGGCUUGGCCUCGCAUUGGAGCACAACGCACAAGCAGUGGUGGAGUGCCUUGCGCUAUGGUGUUUUCACAACGGAGCGGAAGCCUGUUGUUGACUUCCAACCAGUAGCGUGGCUGAAGAGUCUCGGAAGUUUGGAGGCAAUCCAGGUUGGAGACCGUCCGUGCCAAGAGUUUGUUGUUCCUGGUAGGGAUGCAGUUGUCCUUAACCUCUACGAGGAAUCCCAGGAGCCUUGGAGUGCCACCAUGUGGACCAAGCGGCGCCAACAGGCCGAGGCUGCUGCUGCUGGUGCUGAGGCUUCCGGUGGCAAGAAAGCACGAGUCCCCAAGUUCAACCUCUUGGACUUCACGGCUCUGGCUCUGGAAAAAAAGCUGCUGACUCCAAGUGCAGUGCUAGCUUAUGUGCAGGAGUACGGCUCGCACGCCUGCCAGCUCUUCUGUGUGCGGAACCAGAAGCGGCUUUCUGAACUGAUCGCUGGUGCGGAGCAGUGGCAAGGUGCAAAGCAGCAGCAUGCACUGGAGCAGGAGAGCGACUGGGCAGUAGUGCAGAGACUCGCGCAGACAAGUUGCAGCUGUCAAGGCAGCUGUGAGUGGUCAGAGGCGGCAUGCGACUUCUUCAGCCGCAACCAUGCCACUAUUGACCAGGAGCUGCUUGCAGCCAGCUUAGCUAACGUUAUCUGCCACGGUCCGAGCAAGACAGCCCGUGUCCCCAUGCUAGCCGGCACGACCAAUGCCGGGAAGAGUAUGAUCUUGGAUCCACUUGUCAACGUCUUCGGCCGAAACGCAGUGGACUUUUGCCCAGCCCUCGGAGCAUCGAUGGCCCUGAGUUCGCUGGCGACCAACAAAGCUAUUCGCUUCAUCUACUGGGACGAGUUCUCUCCUACAGAGUUUGCGUCUCGCCCAGCAAGGUCGCCCACAGUGCCUGCCGUGACUUUCAAGAAGCUUUUUGCGGGCCAAAUCUUGCGAAUUCAGGUGAGCCAGUCGCAUCACGAUGGCAAUCCUGAUUUCAAGUGGACGAGAGGUGCAGCACUCACGGCUCCGCUGGAGGGACUGUGGGAUGCAACCUCACCGGUUUCCCGAGAGGAUGUGCGGCAUAUGCAAAGUCGCGUCAUCCAAUUUGAUGCUCAUGUUGCCAUCAAUGGGGCCUUAAAGAAGGUACCACAUUGUUGGACUAAGAUGUCGGAGGAGCAGCGCGAGCUGGCGAGGGACUGGUAUAGCCGCGGGAAGAAGCCAUCCGAGAUAGCUGAGCUGCUAGGUAGGGACACCUCGACCAUGACACGGCUUCUGUGUAUGCAGAAACAGCCGAAGAAACAGGGCCGGCCAAAAGCCUUGACCACGGCACAGGUCGACUUGCUCGAGCGGCGGCUGGAUGAGCUGAUCGUGAAGGUGGACGGCGCGACUACCAUCACCGUCGAGACCUUGAAGAAGGCGACAAAAUCCAAGGCAAGCACGCAAUGCAUCUUGCAUGCACUGCACAAGCGGAACAUUUACUUCCGCAAGCUUCGGGAGAAGCCUGUGCUGACGCCUGCGGAUAUCCGAGACAGGUAUGCGUUCGCGAAGAAGUAUCGUGGCAAAUCGAAGCAGUGGUGGCUUAGCAAUGUGCAUGCGUUCAUCGACGGGAAGCACUUUCAGGUUUACCUGACUGGAGCUGAACGUGUGCGUGCCGCCAAGCACGUCACGUUUGGUGCUUACCGCCGCCCUGGACAAGGUUUGUGCAAAGGCUAUGUGAAACCCAAGGAGGGCAAUCUGAGGCACAACACCGGAGCCAAGGGUGUCUUGCUGCAUGUGGGUGUCGGCGCCGGCAAGGUCAUCUCUGUCCAGGAGGUCGCAGGGCGGUGGAAUGGUAACUCGGCGAGCGUUUUCUACAAGACACUUGCCAAGGACUUGGCUAAGGCAUGGCCUGGUAAGCGCAAGUACACAGUCCUCGAGGACAAUGACCCGACCGGGUACAAGUCUUCGAAGGGUUUGGCUGCGAAGCACGAAGCCCAGAUUGGUGUCCUGGAGAUCCCGAAGCGUAGCCCAGAUCUCUCGGUCUUGGAUUAUGCCAUUUGGAAGGAGGUCAACAAGCGCUUGCGGAAGCAGGAGAAGACGUGGAGUGGCGCCAAGCGUGAGACGCGGCCGCAGUACCUGAAGCGCCUGAAGAGGACCAUCCGCAACCUGCCCAAAGCCUUCCUUGAGGACAGCAUCGGGGACAUGGUCCGACGCUGCAAGCGGCUGUAUGAGUCCAAGGGCUACUUUUUCGAAGAGGCCCGACUGGCUGACCCAGUGACGUUCGCUGCUGUUCUGAGCGAGACUGCUCUGGAAGCCGAAACUCCUCUGAAAGACUUGGCAGACCUCUCCCGCCUCCAAGUUCGGGAUGCCUUGUUGGACGCAGUCGCGCAUCCUGUGCCGGAGGCGACUCCUCGAGGUGGGCGGCCUCGGAGCAAGGUUUUGGAGGUCGUGAAGCUCGUUGUGUUUCUGGAGGAGCCAAAGCACUUCCACGCAGCUCUCAAGCUGAACACUUCAACGCGGUUCAUGCCACUAAAACUCGCGCUGCGGCAGCGGUCUGGCUUGGCCUCGCAUUGGAGCACAACGCACAAGCAGUGGUGGAGUGCCUUGCGCUAUGGUGUUUUCACAACGGAGCGGAAGCCUGUUGUUGACUUCCAACCAGUAGCGUGGCUGAAGAGUCUCGGAAGUUUGGAGGCAAUCCAGGUUGGAGACCGUCCUCCCCCGGAGCCUUGGAGUGCCACCAUGUGGACCAAGCGGCGCCAACAGGCCGAGGCUGCUGCUGAUGGUGCUGAGGCUUCCGGUGGCAAGAAAGCACGAGUCCCCAAGUUCAACCUCUUGGACUUCACGGCUCUGGCUCUGGAAAAAAAGCUGCUGACUCCAAGUGCAGUGCUAGCUGAUGUGCAGGAGUACGGCUCGCACGCCUGCCAGCUCUUCUGUGUGCGGAACCAGAAGCGGCUUUCUGAACUGAUCGCUGGUGCGGAGCAGUGGCAAGGUGCAAAGCAGCAGCAUGCACUGGAGCAGGAGAGCGACUGGGCAGUAGUGCAGAGACUCGCGCAGACAAGUUGCAGCUGUCAAGGCAGCUGUGAGUGGUCAGAGGCGGCAUGCGACUUCUUCAGCCGCAACCAUGCCACUAUUGACAAGGAGCUGCUUGCAGCCAGCUUAGCUAACGUUAUUCUGACCCACGGUCCGAGAAAGAAAGCCGCGGGUCCCCAGCUAGCCGGCACGAACCAAUGCCGGGAAGAGUAUGAUUCUUGGAGCCAUUGUCAAAGUUCUUCGGCCGAGAACGCAGUGGACUUUUGUCCCAGCCCUCGGCGCGCAAGCGAUGGCCCUGAGUUCGCUGGCGACCAAAAAACAAGCUAUUCGCUUAUCUUACUGCGGGACGAGUUCCUAACCCCUCUCCUACCGAGUUGCGUCUGCAGCAAGUAG